CAUGCGCACUUUGCCUCAACCCUACAGUUGACACGACUUCGAUAAGCUUUCGUUCGGUAACGUGCUUAGCUAACUUCAAGUUUGAGCAAAUGAUGUCGUUAUUAAAUUAACCUCGCAAUUCAAGACGCAGACUGGUAUUUCCACUCCCGUACCUUUAUACGCAGGGGUGGCUGAUAUUCAUCCCUCACCUUACCGGGGACCCUGCAGCCCGCCCCCAUGACGGCCGAGCCGAACGGAGACCUCCUGGAAGAUGAUUCCCGGCAGGAUAAUGGAGUCCAGUCGAGCCGUUACAGCGCCAUCUCUCCUCCUGCCUCCCCUGAGGACCAAGAGGAGCCGUUCUCCACCUACUUCGAGGAGAGGGUUCCCAUUCCAGAAAGUCCCAACCAGAUAUUCAGUUUCCGUAAACUCUGGGCCUUCACGGGGCCGGGGUUCUUGAUGAGCAUUGCUUAUUUGGAUCCUGGGAACAUCGAGUCGGACCUGCAGUCUGGUGCCAUAGCUGGUUUUAAGCUCCUAUGGGUGCUGCUUGUAGCAACCAUCAUUGGGUUGCUGUUGCAGAGGUUAGCUGCACGCCUCGGGGUCGUCACCGGGAUGCACCUGGCUGAAGUGUGCAACCGCCAGUAUCGCCCUGUUCCACGGAUAAUCCUUUGGUUAAUGAUCGAGCUGGCCAUUAUCGGUUCAGACAUGCAGGAGGUCAUCGGCUGUGCCAUAGCUUUUAACCUUCUUUCAGUGGGCAGGAUCCCACUGUGGGCGGGGGUUCUCAUCACCAUCACAGACACAUUUGUGUUCCUCUUUUUAGACAAAUAUGGGUUAAGGAAACUUGAAGCUUUCUUUGGAUUGCUGAUUACUAUAAUGGCUCUAAGUUUUGGCUAUGAGUAUGUGCUGGUGAAGCCGGAUCAAGGAGAAGUUCUUAAGGGGAUGUUUUUGCCGUACUGCGCUAACUGCGGGCCUAUGCAGCUGGAGCAGGCCGUGGGAAUCGUCGGCGCUGUCAUCAUGCCCCACAACAUCUACCUGCACUCAGCCCUUGUCAAGUCCAGAGACGUGGAUCGGAAGGAUAAGAAGGCAGUCAAAGAAGCCAACAAGUACUACUUCAUCGAAUCAUCCAUCGCCCUCUUCGUGUCCUUCCUCAUCAACGUCUUCGUCGUCGCAGUCUUUGCUCAGGCCUUUUUCAAUAAAACCAACAUGGAGGUGAACGCUGAGUGCAACGCUACCGGCAGCCCCCACUCCAACCUCUUCCCUCUCAACAAUCACACCCUGGAGGUGGACAUCUACAAAGGGGGAGUGGUGUUGGGAUGUUUCUUUGGUCCUGCUGCUCUUUACAUCUGGGCUUUAGGGAUUCUGGCAGCUGGACAGAGCUCCACCAUGACAGGAACUUACUCUGGACAGUUUGUGAUGGAGGGAUUUCUGAACCUGAAGUGGUCUCGUUUUGCGCGGGUGCUGCUAACUCGCUCCAUCGCUAUCGUGCCGACUCUCCUCGUCGCCAUUUUCCAGGACGUUCACCAUCUGACGGGGAUGAAUGACUUCCUCAACGUGCUGCAAAGCAUGCAGCUUCCAUUUGCUUUGAUCCCCAUUCUGACGUUCACCAGCCUGACCUCCAUCAUGAAUGACUUUGCUAAUGGGAUGGUGUGGAAGAUUUUAGGAGGCGUCCUCAUUCUGCUGGUUUGCGCCAUCAACAUGUACUUUGUGAUCGUCUAUGUGACUGCGUUGAAGAGCAUCCUGCUCUACGUCAUCGCCGCUCUCCUCUCCGUCGCCUACCUGUGCUUCGUGAUCUACUUGGCUUGGCACUGCCUGGUUGCCUUGGGGGUUUCCUGCCUGGACUGUGGCAGCAGGAUGCAAGGGGGACUGCUGCGCCACACAGACCUUUACUUAAUGAAUGAGAUGGAGGUGGAUCCGCAGGCUGAGAGAUAAUGGGACGCCCGGUGCAGUCUGGAGCUGCACUGUAGACAGGACUUGACUCGGGGGACCUGUAAAGCUGGGCCAGUAUAACUUUCUCAUCAGCCCUCAGUGUCUAACAUUUGCUAAAGUGUCCUUAUAGUGCACCAAAACAUUGAUUCAGGAACUGAUGUCCAACACCUGCGUCACCUUUCCUAGACAGAACCUCAUGUAUUAAUUGGUAUGCAGGUGCCCUGAGAAGCUGAAAAAUACCAUCUUAAAAUUAAAGAGGGCACUUUCCGUUGACAACCACACACUACAGCACUUAAUCAAUAAUUUCCAUUGCAGUACAAACUAGAUAAUCAACCCUUUAUGAUGAUUUAUCAGCAUUAUGGAGUUAGAGAAACCGUGGUGCAUGAACGUGGGCGUCCGUCAGAGCCAACAAGCUGCUGCACACGGCUCUUUAUCUUUCCUUCUUCUCCACCGUUAACAUUUUUCCAUCGUGGAAAGAACGCAGCUUAGUUUUUUGUAAACAUCUGCAUAUUUAUGAACACGUUAUCCCUGUAUAACCAGCUUGUAUUGUAUGUCACUAUAUGUUUGUUGUUUUAAACAUUAGAUUUUUUUUUUUUUUGUUUGGGACCAAGCUGUUUCCCAUCAAGCUACCAAAGCCUGGGUUAAAUUAUUUAUUUAGGUAUUUAUACUUAACUCACAGUCAUUAUAGAAUGUAAGCAGACCUUCCCAUUUAAAGGGAAAAAGGCAUGCCAUUAUAAAUUUAGCCUAAAAAGAGGGGGGGGGAGGGUCCCAGUAUGGAAGACUAUGAUAACACGUGGUUGUGUAAUAAAACAGAACAUUUAAUUAUGGAAAACACUGAAGAUGAACUUCUUAUUAGUUUACAUUCAAGAAGUUCACGCAUCGGCCAGCUGUUCAGUGAAGAGCUACACUUUAGCCUUCAGUCUUUAAUGCGUAUGAAAUUAAACCCUAAGUUCACUACAGAGCUAACAGAAAAAGGCUAAAACUAAGUGGCAAAUUUCAAACUAGAUAUGAGCCAAUCAUGGUUUUCCUGGUAGAUGCCAUUUUUUGCUUUUCCUCGAUUAUUUGCUAUGAGGUCAUAUUGAAAAGUACAUUUAUUUCAGUAAUUCAAUUCUCACUGUGAAACACAUUAUAUAGACUGGUCACAUGCCUUGACUUCUGUUAAUUCAGAUCAUUUUCUGCUUCCAGCUAAUAAAAACGCAACUUUUAAGAUUAAAAUGUUACCUCAGAGCAAUACAAAAAACUUUUUUAUCAUAGAAACGUGGGCUUAAUGCAAAGAAUGUGUAAUACCUGUUUGUAUAUUGCUAUUUUCAAAAGGUGCUUUUAAUCUGACAAACGAGCCACACCUGAACGUAUCUUCUGAUAUCUUCUGAAUAUGACAGUAUUAGUAGGUUUGGAUCAAGCAGAAAAUGAAGGAAUUGCAAGAAUGCCAGCCAACCAUGCAGCGCUAACCUUUUAUCUGAGUUAUUUUUAAUUAUAAAAUGUUUAAAAAGAUUGCAUCGAACUACAUGCUGUCAAUUGAUGCGUUAAUGGACCAAAAUAUGGUGGGAAUUUUUAGUAUUGAUGUAUUUAUUGAAGUAGGGGGAAGAAUAAUGUUUCCACUUAAAAAAAAAUCCCCCAGGAUCUAUUGUACUUAGAGACCAUGAAAGCAAAGUUGGCCAACAGAUUUAAAAUAUAUGUAGAACAAAUAUAAGUGUUGAAAGGUCAAAAAUGUCAUUAGGUCAAUUAUUUCAAGGUGUUGCUGCUAAAGAUAGUUGCAAAAACAGCUCAAUUAUUUAUUUUCAACAAAUUCAUAGUUAAAAUCUCUAAUAUAUCUAUAUAUACAUAUAUAUAUGUAAAAUAUAAGGGUUUAUUAGACAUUACAUAAUGGUUAAAAUUCUCCUUUUGUUGUUUUUACAUAUAACGUGAGAGAAUGGCAGUUUGUCACGUUCUGUUACAGUGUUGUCAGAUCUUUAUAGUCCUCAUUUAAUCCCCAAGUACUAAAUGGUUGGAUCAACUACAAAAUACUAAAAGAUGGUUUAAAUUGAAAAAACAGUAAAUUAUUUUAAUUAUUUUGUACACAGUUUCUUUUUUUUUCUUUUUUUUCUCUGUUUUAAACCCUGUUACCUUUUUCCGAUGCAGCUCAGCUUCUUUUGUGUCCUAUUGUAAAUAACGGCUGCCCAUAUAAGUCUGUUGGAGACCUGGACCACAUGAUGAUAUUAUGGAAAAAUGUAGUUCUUCUGAAGCCCGUAUCUUUAAACGCUCAACCUGUGAUUGGUCAGAAAUGGGUUGAAGUUAAAAGGUUGCUGCUAAUUCUUUGAUUCUAGAGUGCCAAGCUAGACUUUUUAGGCAUACACUGUGCUGUUUGUGACAAGUUAAAGAAAAUAUUGCUGAGAUGAAAUCAGCUCCUACAACUAUGUCAUUAGUGUCAUAAUAUUAAUAUUAACAACGUAAUAAAUAACUAAUAUUAGUAGCGCACACAACCCAGAUGAUUAGUCGUCCUGUGUUCCCUUUCUGUGUUUAUCGUUAGUGAAUCUACUGAAGGAUUUUACUCUGAUGGAUAAAUGCUUUAUACAUCUUUAACUCUCUGUGCAUGUAACUUUCAUGUAACUCAAAUAUUAUUGCUUCGAUCCGUUUGUGUGAGGUCUUUUUUCUAAAUUGUUUGUGUCUUUUCCUAACUGGUCAUUGUUUUUCUUUUUCAAAUAUUUUCAUUGGUUUAGGUAUCUUGCAUCUUUCUCGAGACAUCCAAACCAAUUGAUUUCCCCAUUUCUUUGCUUGUCUGUUACUAAAGAAAUGUGACAUAUAAUUUGAAAACAAGUGUUUUUUGUGGAGGGGUUGGGAGCCAAGGUGAACUGCUGUGAUAUUUAAGGGAAGGUGGGAGGUGCUGAAUAUAACAUGUACGUCACAAAGAGAGUUGUUACUUGAAUUUGGUGUGUGAUUUAAAAAAAAAUAAAAAAUUCAUUUAAAAGAAUGGAAUAAAGUGCAUUCAGAGAAAUUAAUAGAAAUCAGAACAGAGACCUGAGAGACACUUUGACUUUGGAGGACACAAAGUGUUAGGGGAGUAACCUAAGAGGAGACUACAGAUAGAUGAGAAGAAAUUGGCAGAAAAUACUAACAUCAAAAGACAAACAACUCUAGCAUAACACAUGAUAACUGUGAAUGGGCACUGCUGAUUUGCAUCAUUAAAUCCAAAGUUUCCCCUGACACCAAAUAUUGAACUGAACUUGUACUGUAUGUUGUUAUUCCACAGUGCCUUGUCUGUUCACCGGUGUGCCUCAGCUAACACGUUAGGCACAUUUUUAUUUAUCAAAAAAGAAAAAAGUAAAACAAAACAUCUCAUUAUAUGAGAAAUUAUCAAAGUUAUAUACAAAAGCCUUUCAGUGAGUGGACUACAGAAGUUUUUCCCGUUGCGUUUCUGAUGACAUUCAACAAAAAACGUGAGCAUCUGGUUUAAAAAUGUGUCGCAUGUAGAUUUCCACAACAUGAUAGCAGUUUUUAAGAGAGUUACUAUUUUUAAUGACGUCAUGUUGAUUUUGGCGCUCGUCCAUGGCCAUAUUCUGCUCUGAUCUUUAGACAGAAAACUACUGUGGUGGUAUGUGGUAAUUUAUUUCUGAAAGUAUGAAACUGUACAGUAGGUCCAUCAGUGAGAACAUGUGUAAAGGUAGAUUUCUCCUAUCUGUAUUUUAUUGUUUUAAUGUUUUUUGUUUUGGUUUUUUUUGUCAAACCAAAAGAAUUGAGCAUUCUUUAAAAGCUGUUUGUUGAAAAAAAUAAAAAUAUCCACAAAUUU